AUGGCUCUGACUAAUCCCAUGCCACUGGGGCCGUGGAAGCUCACAGUCUAUGACCAGGAGAACUUCCAAGGCAAGCGCAUGGAGUUUACCUCAGCCUGUCAGAACAUCAUGGAGUGCGGCAUGGAUAACGUGCGCUCUCUUAAGGUGGAGUGUGGCGCCUGGGCAGGCUAUGAACACUCCAGCUUUUGCGGGCAGCAGUUCAUCCUGGAGAGGGGUGAUUACCCUCGCUGGGAGUCCUGGAGUGGCAGCAAUGCCUACCACAUCGAGAGACUCAUGUCCUUCCGACCAAUCUGCUCUGCUAACCACAAGGAGUCAAAGAUCACGGUGUUUGAGCGGGAGAACUUCAUCGGACACCAGUGGGAGAUGACGGAUGAUUACCCGUCUCUCCAGGCCAUGGGCUGGCCCUCCAACGAGAUCGGCUCCAUGCAGGUUCAGAGCGGGGCCUGGGUUUGUUACCAGUACCCCGGCUAUCGUGGCUACCAGUACAUCAUGGAGUGUGACCACCACGGCGGCGAGUACAAACACUAUCGGGAGUGGGGCUCGCAUGCCCAGACCUUCCAGGUGCAGUCCAUCCGCCGGGUCCAGCAGUGAGCGCCGAUCGGCCAGCUCCCUUCCUCCAUCCCCGACCUCCUCCUCCUCCUCCUCCAGCUCCUCCUCCACCUCCUCCUCACCUCCACCCCUUCAUCCUGAAACCAGCAAGCCCAGCACAGGCUAAACGUCUGCUGCAUUGCUUCUUUCUGCAUGCCAUCGGUCUGAAAGAGAAG